AUGGACCACAUUGAAGGAGACAAGAAGUAUUUUGUCAACAAGAAGUCAAACAAGAACUGCUUUGUGCUAUUUGCGAGAGAACUUAAUAUCUGUUGGAAUGACAAUCCUCAAUAUUGGAGAUGGACCACAUUGAAGGAGACAAGUGGUGAAGAGAUUGAAGUGGCUGACCUAUUACAAGUAUGUUGGUUAGAUAUUAGAGGGCAAUUUAAUGGGGCAAUUGAUCUCUCGCCAGGAAUAGUUUACGAAAUUGUUUUUGUUGUGAGGAUGAUCAAACAUCAAGAUUUCUCAUUAAAACUUACCAUCAUUCUUCCAAAUUCAAAAAAGCUAACACGCAAUGAAAGUUUAAAUGAAAAUCCUUUAGGAAGUUGGUUUGAUAUCCAGUUGGGUGAGUUUAAAAUGUCACCAGAAAACGUUGGAACAAUGGAAUUCUCUCUGGAGGAUCAUGCUGAACUGUGGAAGAGUGGCCUUAUUGUGAAAUGUGCUAUCAUUCGACCGAAGAAGGAGCCAGAGUAA